AACUGUCGAGCGAAUACAAUGUUUUACGAUCUUAGCGAUAAAAUUAUCUACUAGUAUAUCUACAAUAUUACAUGUUUUGAUAAAAUAUAAAGCAGCUGGUUUUUGUUUUCAUUCUACUAGAGGCCUUUUAGUGAGAUAUUGUGUAUCCGUCAAAAAAAAAAACUAAACAAAACAUGUGAGAAGACUCUUGAAUAAAUUUGUGAUUAUGUAGCGCAUGGGUUGUUAACAAAAUGUCUUUGACUCAAGUCGAACAAGGAACACUGGAUGGCGUUGUUUGUGAUAAUGGAAAAUACGUGGCGUUUAAAGGAAUACCAUAUGCUAAACCACCACUCGGAAAAUUAAGAUUCAAAGCCCCAGAACCACCUGAAACUUGGGACGGUAUCAGAAAUGCUAACGAACACGGCCCAAUAUGUCCACAAUACAACGAAAGAAUGAACAGAAUCGAAGAUGGAAGUGAAGAUUGUCUCUAUCUCAACGUGUAUUCUAAAAAUCUGAAACCGACCACACCUCUUCCAGUCAUGGUUUGGAUACAUGGUGGAGGUUUCUAUACGGGAUCGGGAAACUCUGAAUUUUAUGGGCCAGAUUUUUUCAUGGAACAUGAGGUAAUACUCGUGACACUUAACUACAGACUAGAAGUUCUAGGGUUCUUGUGUCUAGACAAUGAAGAAGUUCCAGGAAACGCUGGGCUCAAAGAUCAAGUGGCCGCUUUGAAGUGGAUUAAACAAAAUAUCGCUGCAUUCGGGGGAGACAAAAACAAUAUUACACUUUUUGGGUGCAGUGCAGGGUCGGCCUCAACAUCUCUGCAUUUAGUAUCCGAUAUGAGCAAAGGACUAUUCGACAAAGCCAUUUGUCAAAGUGGUGUUUGUUUAAAUGAAUGGGCAUACAAUUUAUAUGCACGCGAAAGAGCCUUCCAGUUGGGUAAACUCUUGGGGAAAGAAACUGAAGACGAAAUUGAAUUGCUAGAAUUUUUAAGAAGCAUUCCUGCUUCUUCGCUUGUCAACAACGAACUGCCAUAUCUUCAAAUAAAUAACAUAGAUUUAGUAGACAAUAUAAAGUUCGGACCGGUAAUAGAAAAUCCAAAUCUCAAUGUUGAAAAGUUUCUCAACGAAUCACCGGUUAACUUAGUUAAAAAAGGACAUUUGGCAAAUAUACCCCUAAUUUUGGGAUACACCUCAGGGGAAGGAAUAGAAAUUGUCAGAAACCUUCCCCGUAUUGUCAAUUACUAUUCAAUGGUAGGGAGCGUCGUGCCACGGGAAUUAAAAUUGAAAUUGCAAUUGGAAGAUAUAAAGGAAUUGGAUGUAAAAAUAAGAAAACAUUACUGUGGAGGCAAAGAAAUUACUCAAGACAUGUAUCAAGAAUUGGUGGAUUUAGAAACAGAUCGCCUUUUCGUGUAUAACAUCAUUAGGUAUGCGAGGUAUCAUAACCAACAUAAUUCAAAACCCGUGUUUUUAUACAAGUUCACUGCCGAAACCGAACGAAAUUAUACUAAAAGGAAUUACAACAUGAAUACAGUAAAAGGAGUCUGCCAUUCUGAUGAUUUAAUGUAUUUUUUUAAUGUCACUUGUCUCGACAUACCUCUCACACAAGAAUCUAAAGACAUAAUCGACAAAUUGGUACGCUUGUGGGUCAAUUUUGCAAAAACAGGUUUCCCUGUAUCUGAGAGAGAAAGUGAACAAUGGAGACCGUUCACGAAUUCCGAAAAGAACACUUAUAUUAUUGGGAAUAAUUUUAAAUCCGUUCAAGAUGAAGAUGAUGAAAACAUUCGGUUUUGGGAUGAAAUUUACAACGAAAAUAUUUGAAAUCGAUUUUUUUGUUGUUUUAAUAUGUAGAAAUUCCUCAAUCAUUAAAUAUUAUAAUUGCACACGAUAGUUGGGUGACGCGAUAAUCGGGUUCCAAGUUUUUUUUCAGGUCAGUGUUACUACAUAAUUAAAUAGAAAUAAAAAUUCAAAUACAUAUUCAAUGCUUAAUUAUUUAUUAUGUAACCAUACACAACGUAUUCUUAAAAAAUAAUUUCUUUACUCUAAUGGAGGUACUUACUCGCGCAAAAAUUACGUUCUUCAGUAUUUCAACUCUGACUUAAAUAAUAGAAAUCCACGUGCAAUCCACUCGUAUGAUUGCAAGCACAGAACAUUUUGCUGAUUGUUCACCAUCGAUUGCAGUUUUGUGCCAUUCGACAAAAUAGCUCUGACGACAUUUACCUGAACAAGAACUGAAAAGUUACGUCAGUAAGCAUUCAACUUCUACGCAUCUCGUAAACAAGAUAGUGUUUUUAAUUACGGUUUAAUAUCAGAAUCGUUUUUUAUAUUUUACAAAAUUACCAACAUUGCGAGUAGCCUAGCAAUUUCUGUAGUCACAAACAACUCCUCAAUAACUCAGUUUAGUUAAACCUUAAGUCAAAUCACAUUUACUACCACAAAAUACAGAUAAAUAGACCAGGUCUGCCCAUACCAAAGAUUUUGACCAUCCAAAAUAUAGUGCGACAUGGACCAACCGCACAUGUUAAUCAAAUGCCACAUUCUCCAAAAAACUUUCGGGUAAACUCUUAUAAUGUUAGAAUAAAAACUGAACCUCACAAGAAAUGUAUUUUAUGAAUCUUAUUUUAAUUUUCUCUUUAUUGUGACGGGAUCAAGAACUUCAGUUUUAAUUUUACUAAUUAUGAGUUUACUAGUUUUACCAAUUUAGAUAGCUAUUAAAAUUAUUAAAAUAAUCUCAGCUAAACGAGGUUUCUUUGUUAGGUUCUAAAUUACUUUUCAGAGCAGGUAUAAUGUCAACUUUUAAACCAGGCAUCUAAUUACUACGAUAAUAAUAUUUUAAACACUAAUUUGUUUUCAUUAAAAAAUCACAUUUUAAUUAUAAAUUUGAUUCUUAAAACACCGAAGGCCAUCCUUCUGCUAACGUCAGAAACGAGUAGGUAAAUAAAUAAAUGAUCUUUCAAUAUUUUUUUAUAAUUAGUGAUAAGUCUUAAAUCACGCUAAUUAUAGAUAUCUCGAUAUACAGGGUGAGUAGAUUGGUCCCGAUGGCGAAACGGCAAUAAGUUGCUAUUAUAUAGACGGAAAGUUUCGUUUAGUGAGCAACGGAAAAACGUUGGCAAAAAAUCGAAAACAUGCGUGAAAUACGCAUGCGGUAAAAGUGAAACCGAUAGAAGUAUUUCUAUCACCUUCUCUCUCAAGCUAAAUCCUAUAGAUGUUUAUCUGUUUUAACUGUCGCUUUUUGACUGUCAUAUCGGGUCUCAAUAACGAUGCUCAGAAAGUUUGGCCUUCAAUAUUAUUACUAUAACGCCAUUGCAUUAAUACUGGUAUCUAUUAAUCUGGUAUAUAUAUUAAUAAUAUGGAUUUCUUUCGCUAGACUAGCAGUCCAUUGCGGUUUCAUCUUCGGGAAACAUUACCUUACUCUAUAUAGACGAAAUAUUUUGAAAUUACUCCGAGCCGCAGUUCAUUUUUUUACCAGAUCUACGGUGUUCGUCGAUAGAUGGCGCUGCAGACAUUUGAUUAACACAAAAAAUAUUUAAGAACUCGAACUGUAAUCUAUCUCAAAACAUUUAUUUGUCUUUAAUACUUAGAGUAAAAGGUAGCGAGGAUAUGUGUAUUAUUAAAACGAUGGCGGCAAUUAUUCAUUAAAUUUCUACAAAACUAUUACAUCCCUAUUGUAUGGUUACAAUUAUUUACAUUUCAUUCUGUCUUAUUCAAAUCAGUUUUAACUCUCAAAACAAAAUUAUGGUAUGGCCACUAAACUAUUCACCGAAUCAAACUAUGAGAAUGUAACUGUGGUUUAACACGUUGACUUCUGUGUAGGUCAUCGGUGCCCUACGUGGGGCACUAAAGUAAUUAUGUCGAUUUCUGUCUUCGAUCUUCUUACUAAGGCGCUGGAAUAUCUAGUAGACUCUAGGAAAGACGAAUCCGAAGAUACUAAGAUACAUACAUUAGAAACAAAAAAGACAAAGUUAGGCAAUUCCGGUGCUCAUUAACAGUAAUCGACCUAGUGCGUUACUUCAUUGCGCCACUUAAGGCACCAGUGACCUACAUGGCAGUCAAAGGGUUAAUUAUUGUUUACGUUAAAUGAUCGACAUAAUAAAAUAAAUUAGACAUAUCGCACCUUUAGAAUAAAAGUGGCUUAACUAAAAUUUUAAGAAAAUGAGUUUUAUACUUUGAACGAUUUAUAAGCAUGUAUUCUAUCAGAUUAUAAAAUAUAUACAUAUUAUUAUAAUUAAAAAUAAAAUUUUAAUUUUAGCUCGAAAAGACGAAGUACACUUUCCGUCUCUUUUAAAACAAGCGCAUUCAUUAAUCUUUAAGGUGUGCGCUUUAAAGAUAAAAGUAUUGAAAUCAAAACUGAAAAAUUACAGUUCUUUUUUUUUUCUACCUAUGCUGAUAGCCUUAAGAGGCUAUUUCAGCUUCUCCUUGACGUAUAGGUG